AUGUCCGAUGAAAUUAAACAAUCAGUCUCUCAUAUCGAGGACGCCGCCGAUGAAAAACCAACCAUCGAAGAAGCUUCCACUGCCGAAGUCUUCAUUGAACCCUCUGUCGAUGCAAAAAUCGCCACUCUCAAAGAAAUCGUUGGUCCUGACCGUGUUGCGUUAGAAAAGAAAUUAGUCAGACGUUUGGACUACAUGAUUUUACCAGCUCUUCAAAUCAUUUACAUCUUGAACUACUUGGACAGAACAAAUAUCGGUACAGCAAGACUUGGUACUUUGGAAGAAGAUACAAACUUACACGGAACCCAAUACAACACAGUUAUUGCGAUCUUUUUCGUUGGGUAUGUCCUUAUGCAAGUGUUCACCAAUUUGUUGUUGAACAAGGUUAGACCCUCGAUUUUUCUACCUUGUGUUAUGAUUUGCUGGGCCACCGUCAGUGCCUGUUCGGGAGCCGUUCAAAGUUAUGGCGGCUGGAUUGCCGUGAGAUUCAUCUUAGGGUUUGUCGAGUCACCAUUUUUUGCUGGCUCGGUGUUCUUGUUAUCUUCUUGGUACACCAAAAAAGAAUUAGCUUCAAGAAUUGCCUUGAUGUACGUUGCUUCACAAAUGUCCGGCGCGUUUGGUGGGUUGAUUGGCGAAGCGAUUCUCGGUAGAUUUAGCCACGAUAACCUUGGGAUUGCUGCCUGGAGAUGGCUCUUUAUUAUCGAAGGGGUCAUCACCAUUCCAGUGGCAAUUUGUGCCAUGUUUAUUUUACCAGAUUUCCCCCAUAACACUAAAUGGCUUAGUGAACAAGAACGUGCGCUUGCUCAAUUGAGAAUCAUAGAAGAAGCCAAUAGAGAAGACAAUUAUGAGACCCAAUCCCUUAAAAAAGGGUUCACCGAUGCUUUCAAGGACCCAGCAUUGUACAUGAUUUGGAUUCUUCAACUCUCGAUUUGCACAGCUGCUGGGGUAAAUGCAUACUUUCCUACUAUCGUCCAGACUUUGGGUUAUGGCAGAACCAAGACUUUACUUUUGACCGUCCCACCUUGGAUUGUUUCUGCCCUUUGGUCUAUCGCAACAUGCUUCAGUUCCGAUAAACAUAAAGAAAGAUUCGGCCAUAUUAUGGUUUCCUUGGUAAUUGCUCUUGUGGGAUUCAUCAUCGCUGCUAGUACCAUGAACAUUGCUGCUAGGUACGUUUCCAUGAUCAUGAUGUUGAUGAUUUAUGGAGGUUUAACCACUGCUUGGUCUUGGGCGUCUACUACCCUUAGCAGACCUCCAGCCAAGCGUGCCGUCUCCAUCGCGUUCAUCAAUGCAUUUUCUAAUAUUUCUUCUACCUAUUCCAGUUAUUUCUACCCAAAAAGUUCGGGUCCGCGUUACUUGCAAGGAAUGGCAUUGAAUAUUGGAUUCACCGCCCUUGCCAUUGUGUUCACCAUCAUUACCAAAGCAUACUUGGUUUACAGAAACAAGAAAUUGCAACAGGCCAAUGAAGAAGAUUUGGCAGUUGAAGGUAAGCGUGGUGGUUCUAAAUCUACCGCGUUAGCUGACAAGUGGUAUUGUGACCCUCAUUACAGGUUCACCACUUGA